GACCUCGCCCUCCCACCCACCUGCCCAGCCCUAGGUCUCUACGGCGAUUACUCCUGGAUGAACGCCUCAUUCGCCCUCUACACUCUCAUCGAAAUCAGCGACGAGCGCAUACAAGAAAUCGCGAACGCCUUGGAUGCAGAAUGGUACGAAGGCCAAGGAAAUCAGGGCUCUCACCUCGUCCGCGUCGCCCCUUCUCACAACUUCGCAAACAAGAAACUCAGCGAUAUCCUCGAAGCCCACGUAAAGCUAGAUAAAGUAGCGCCAGGCCAAAGCAAGUCACAAUACGGAGCCUUGGAUUUAGAAUGGUAUCCUACUGCGUUUAUUGUGGUGACAGCUGAGGAUGUGGACGAUCGAGGGUUGCUUUUUGUUUUUGUGGUUGAUGAAGGUGAGGAUGAUGAUGAGAUUGCAGAGUGUAAGAUGGAUAUGUUCUUUUUCAGGCAGAAGGAUGCGAAUAGCAUGUUGUCGACUUUAGCCUAUGAUGAUGAC